GGAUUUCUCUCCGCCUCGCCCCACAGCUUGGAUUCCCGCUUGGAGAUCUCAGGGCAGCGGCUGUUUCUUUCCCGUUCCCUUGGGGAGGCACGUGGCCGACGUGUGGAUGCGGGUCCUUGGGCCCCCACCCGCUGCGUCUGGCCUUUGGGGGAGAUUUGAACCGGGGACGACGCUAGUCCUUGUGGAGUUGCUCCUCGUCAGCCCCCCGGGUCCCCCGUCGGGGCCUGGGACCUAACGCACGUGGUGCAGGGCGGGCUGGAGAGAUGGGGCGCGUGGUGGCAAACUCUCUUUUCUGAAGCUGAGGCACGCCGGCCCCCUACCUGCGCCUGCCGGAGGAUGGGGAUCCCUGGGGAAACUUAGCUCCUGGGGGCUCUGCAAGAGGAAAGGUUGUAUUGUGCCCCUCGGGGGGGUCCUGUGCUUUGGAUGUGCCAGUGGAAAGCUGCGCCCCUGCCAGCAGCGGCAUGACGGCCUGCCAGUACCCCAUAGCGCCCGGGCCCCUGGAGCGGGACCGCAUGUACCAGCACAAAGUCUCCCUGGUGGUGCGCUACUUCAUGAUCCCGUGCAACAUUUGCCUCAUCCUUUUGGCCACCUCCACCCUGGGAUUUGCCGUGCUGCUCUUCCUCAAUAACUACAAGCCCGUCAACUAUUUUCCCCAGUCACUGCCAACGCCGCAAGAUGCAUGCCGAGGAAUGCUCUGUGGGUUCGGAGCUGUGUGCGAAAGGAGUCCCGCUGACCCGUCCCAGGCCUCUUGCGUCUGCAAAAAGACCACGUGCCCCUCAGUGGUGGCUCCUGUCUGUGGCUCGGACUAUUCCACCUACAGCAACGAGUGUGAGCUGGAGAAGGCCCAGUGCAACCAGCAGAGGAGGAUCAAAGUCAUCAGCAAGGGCCCCUGUGGUUCCAAGGACCCGUGUGCGGAGGUGACGUGUAGUUUUGGCAGUACCUGUGCCCGCUCUACUGAUGGGCAGUCGGCCAAGUGCAUCUGCCCAUCCUCAUGCCGCGGGGUGGCCGAGGGCACCGUGUGUGGCAGUGAUGGCAAGGACUACCACAGUGAGUGUGAGCUCAACAAGCACGCCUGCGACGCACAGCAGAACAUCUUCAAGAAGUUCGACGGGCCCUGCGACCCUUGCAAGAACGCCGUCAACGACCUGAGCCGGGUCUGCCGGGUGAACCCUCGCACCCGCCGAGCGGACCUGCUUUUCCGGCCCGAAAACUGCCCCCCAAAGAGGGACCCAGUGUGUGGCGAUGAUGGGGUAACCUAUGACAGCGAGUGCGUCAUGGGACGGUCGGGCGCUCUGCGGGGGCUGGAGAUCCAGAAGGUGCGUUCGGGGCAGUGCCAGCCGCAGGACAAGUGCAGGGACGAAUGCAAGUUUGGCGCCGUGUGCCUCAACCGGCGUGGCACCACCCGCUGCUCCUGCGAUCGCAUCACCUGCGACGGCGCCUAUCGGCCUGUCUGCGCCCGGGACAGCCGGACGUACAGCAACGACUGCGAGCGCCAGAAGGCAGAGUGCCAGCAGAAAGCUGCCCUCCCUGUAAAGCACGAGGGGCCCUGUGACCUGGGCACCCCCAGCCCCUGUCUCAGCAUGGAGUGCACCUUUGGGGCCACCUGCGUGGUGAAGAACCAGGAGGCGGUGUGCGAGUGCCAGCAGGUCUGCCAAGGCCGCUACGACCCCGUCUGCGGCACCGACAACCGCCCCUACGGCAACCCUUGUGAGCUGAGUGCCACGGCCUGCGUCCUGAAGAAGGAAAUCAAAGUCAAGCACAAAGGGCCCUGCGACCGUUGCGGCAAAUGCCAGUUUGGCGCCAUCUGCGAGGCAGAGACGGGCCGAUGCGUGUGCCCCACGGAGUGCGUGGCCUCCUCGCAGCCCGUGUGCGGCACCGACGGCAACACCUAUGGCAGCGAAUGCGAGCUCCACGUCCGGGCCUGCACCCAGCAGACCAACAUCCAGGUGGCUGCGCAAGGAGACUGCAAGUCCUGCGGCAGCACGGUGUGCUCCUUUGGAAGCAAGUGCGUGGGCGGGCAGUGCAUGUGCCCGCGCUGCGAGAGGCAGCCCUUGUCCCCGGUGUGCGGCAGCGACGGCGUGACCUAUGACAACCCGUGUGAACUGCACGUGGCUUCCUGCCGGCAGAAGAAGACCAUCGAGGUCUCCAGGACGGGGCCAUGUGAGGACGAAUGCGGCUCAGGGGGGUCUGGCUCCGGGGACGACGGGGAGUGCGAGCAGGACCGGUGCCGGCGGUUUGGAGGCCUGUGGGAUGAGGACAUGGAGGACGACCGCUGCGUGUGCGACUUCACCUGCUUAGCUGUGCCGCGCAGCCCGGUGUGCGGCUCCGACGGAGUGACCUAUGCCAACGAGUGUGAGCUCAAGAAGUCACGCUGUGAGAAGCGCCAGGACCUCUACGCCACCGGGCAAGGAGCCUGCCGCACCGCCACGACGACCCCCCCACCGCUGGUGCCCCUGCACUGCAGCCAGACCGUGUAUGGAUGCUGCCCUGACAACAUGACCCAGGCGCUUGGCGUGGGCUCAGCCGGGUGCCCGAGCACCUGCCAGUGUAAUGCCUACGGCUCCUACGGGGGGGCCUGCGACCCCACCACCGGCCAGUGCUCCUGCAAACCCGGCGUGGGAGGCCUCAAGUGCGACCGCUGCGAGCCCGGCUUCUGGAACUUCCGCGGCAUCGUCACCGACAGCAAAAGCGGCUGCACCCCUUGUAACUGCGACCCGGUGGGCUCCGUCCGUGAUGACUGCGAGCAGAUGACUGGACUCUGCUCCUGUAAGACGGGCAUCACCGGCAUGAAAUGCAACCAGUGCCCCAAUGGCAGCAAGCUGGGCAUGACUGGCUGUGAGAAAGACCCAUUGGCACCAAAAUCCUGCCAUGAGAUGAUCUGCGAGUUCGGGGCGUCGUGCGUGGAGGUCAAUGGCUUUGCCCACUGCGAAUGCCCAUCCCCACUCUGUACAGAGGCCAACAUGACCAAGGUGUGCGGCUCUGAUGGUGUCACCUAUGGUGACCAGUGCCAGCUGAAGACCAUUGCGUGCCGGCAAGGGCAGAUCAUCAUGGUGAAGCACGCCGGACAGUGCCAUGAGUCCAUCACUCACGCGAGUCACACCUGGCCUCCCACGCCGCUGCCCAUGCCCACGCAGGCCCUGGACAGACUCCUCCUCCCCCCGCCUCUGCAGCUCACCACUCGGGCCCCCGACUCCUCGGAGAAACCCACCGGGUCCCUGCUGGUGGAGGCGAGUCCCACUCCAAGAAGCCAUCCCGCUACCAGACGGAUAACCACUGCCCGGCCAGCCACCACUCCCUGGAUCAUGCACGGCCUUCGCAAGACCACUGUCCACCCCAUCUUGACUGCUCCGGUGGUCCCAGCCACCAUCCAGCCUGCCUUCGCUGAGUCCGGCAGCGCAGAAGGCAGCGGAGACCAGGAGAUGGGCAUCAGCGGGGACCAGGAAGCUAGCGGAGCCGGCUCUGCAGGAGAAGAGGAGCCAGAGGAAAGCCAAGUUACACCCACUCCAGCCAUUGAAAGAGCCACCUGCUUUAAUACCCCUCUGGGCUGCUGCUCUGAUGGCAAGACAGCCGCCAUCGAUGCAGAAGGGAGCAACUGUCCUGCCACCAAGGUCUUCCAAGGAGUACUCAUCCUAGAGGAGGUGGAGGGCCAGGAGCUGUUCUACACGCCCGAGAUGGCCGACCCCAAAUCGGAGCUCUUCGGGGAAACUGCCCGGAGCAUCGAGAGUGCGCUGGACGAGCUUUUCCGCAACUCUGAUGUCAAGAGGGAUUUCAAGAGCAUCCGCGUGAGGGACCUGGGUCAGAGCAAUGCCAUCCGUGUCAUCGUCGAGUCCCACUUUGAUCCAGCCACGUCCUACACAGCGGCCGACGUCCAGAAGGCCCUUCUGAAGCAGAUCAAAGCCUCCAAGAAGAAGACCAUCCUGGUGAAGAAGCCGCAACAGGAUCAUGUCAAAUUCAUGGACUUUGACUGGAUCCCCAGGCUCUUCACCACCACGACCACUACAACCACCGCCACCACCAUGGCGCCCGCCACCACGCGGAGGUUCACCACCGCCACCACCACCACCGCCCACGUCCUGCGCCCAGAAACCAUGGGGAGGCCCAGCAGCAAGUUGGCAGCACCCGUCACCACCAGGAGACCCACUGCCACCGUGCCAGCCACCACCCGGAGGAAACCCACGCGCCAGCCCCCAGCCACCAAGAAGCCGGCCCGGCCCUGUGACUCCCACCCCUGCCUGCAUGGCGGCACCUGCGAGGACGAUGGGAAAGAGUUCACCUGCAGCUGCCCGGUGGGAAAGGGAGGCGCCGUGUGUGAGAAGUCCAUCAGAUACUUCAUCCCCAGCUUUGGCGGAAAGUCCUACCUGGCCUUCAAGACAAUGAAGGCCUAUCACACGGUGCGCAUCGCCAUGGAGUUUCGGGCCUCUGAGCUCAGCGGGCUGCUGCUCUACAACGGGCAGAACCGGGGCAAGGACUUCAUCUCCCUGGCACUUGUCAAUGGCUUUGUGGAGCUCAGGUUCAACACAGGAUCUGGUACCGGCGUCAUCACCAGCAAAGUGCCUGUCGAGCCUGGCAAGUGGCACCAGCUGGUGGUGAACCGGAACCGCCGUAAUGGCAUGCUGUCGGUGGAUGGGGAGUCGCACGUGAAUGGGGAGAGCCCCACCGGCACCGACGGGCUGAACUUGGACACAGAAUUGUUCAUCGGAGGAGCACCGGAAGACCAGAUGCUUGUGGUGGCAGACCGCACUGCAGCCACGGCUGGCCUGAAGGGCUGCAUCCGUCUGCUGGACGUGAACAACCAGAUGUACGACCUGCGGGAGAAGGGCACCGACGUGAUGUACGGCAGCGGGGUGGGCGAGUGCGGUAAUGACCCCUGCCACCCCAACCCCUGCCACCACGGCGGCAUCUGCCACGUCAAGGAGGCCGAGAUGUUCCACUGCGAGUGUCUCUCCACCUACACAGGUCCAACCUGUGCCGACGAGAGGAACCCCUGUGACCCCAGCCCGUGCCACGUCUCGGCCACCUGCCUGGUGCUGCCAGAGGGAGGCGCCAUGUGCGCGUGCCCCAUGGGGCGGGAAGGGGAUUUCUGCGAGUUCGUCACGGAGCAGGACCAGACCAUGCCCUUCCUCCCGGAGUUCAACGGCUUCUCCUACCUGGAGCUGAGCGGGCUGCAGACCUUUGUGCCCGAUAUCCAGGAAAAGUUGUCCAUGGAGGUCGUGUUCCUGGCCAAGAACCCCAGUGGCAUGAUCUUCUACAACGGGCAGAAGACGGACGGCAAAGGGGACUUUGUCUCGCUGGCCUUGCAUGACGGCUACCUGGAGUACAGAUACGACCUGGGCAAAGGGGCAGCGGUGCUCAGGAGCAAGGAGCCAAUCCCCCUGAACACAUGGGUCAGUGUCUUCCUGGAGAGGAAUGAGCGCAAGGGCGUGAUGAGGAUUAACCACGGCGAGAGGGUGAUGGGAGAGUCACCGAAAUCCCGUAAGGUGCCUCACGCCUUCCUGAACCUGAAGGAGCCCCUGUAUGUCGGGGGCGCGCCCGAUUUCAGCAAACUGGCUCGCGCCGCGGCCAUCUCCACAAGCUUUGAUGGCGCCUUGCAGAGGAUCUCCAUUAAGGGGGUCCCUGUCCUGAAAAAGGAGAACAUCCGCAGCGCCAUCGAGAUCUCCACCUUCCACUCCCACCCUUGCACCCAGAAGCCCAACCCCUGCCAAAACGGGGGCAAGUGCAACCCCCGGCUGGAGAGCUACGAGUGCGCCUGCCAGAGGGGCUUCUCCGGUGCCCACUGCGAGGAAGUGAUCAUCGAGAAGGCAGCCGGGGACUCCGAGGCCAUUGCCUUUGAUGGCAGGACCUACAUGGAAUACCACAAUGCCGUGACAAAAAGCCAACUGACUAAUGAGAUCCCAGCUCCCGAAGUGCUGGACUAUCCCGCAGACCACAGUGAGAAGGCCUUGCAAUCCAACCACUUCGAGCUGAGCAUCAAGACGGAGGCCACCCAAGGCUUGAUCCUGUGGAGCGGGAAGGGGCUGGAGCGCUCAGACUACAUCGCCCUGGCCGUCGUGAACGGCCACGUGCAAAUGACCUACGACCUCGGCUCCAAGCCGGUCGUCCUGCGUUCCACCGUCCCGGUCAACACGAACCAGUGGGUUCAUAUCAAAGCUUACAGAGUGCAGAGAGAGGGCUCCUUGCAGGUGGGCAAUGAAGCCCCCAUCACUGGUUCAUCCCCGCUUGGAGCAACACAGCUAGACACGGACGGGGCCCUCUGGCUGGGGGGAAUGGAGAAGCUCAACGUGGCUCACAAGCUGCCCAAAGCCUACAGCACUGGCUUCACCGGCUGCAUACGGGACGUGAUAGUCGACCGCCAAGAACUGCACCUGGUGGAGGACGCUUUAAACAAACCCACGAUAUUACACUGCUCGGCCAAAUAGACCCCAGGGACCCUUCGUAUCCCCUCCCCCCUCCUGCCUAUUGCUGUAAUUAUUUUCUAUUUUUGUAAACUUAUUGCUUUUUAUAUUUUUUUGGGGGGGAGGUGGGGACCGAGGGGGGAAGAAACACUUUUUCCCCCCCGCCUUUUUUUUUUCCGGUUAUUUGUUUGGUUGCAGUGUAUCCAGGCUGGUCGGACUGUGAGCAGCAGCAACAAAGAACAAGCCCUGAAUCAAGUCUCUGAGAAGUGAGAAAGGAACACACACCCUGUAGCAUCCCGCCUUGGAAAUUUCCAUUCAUGUUUUCUCAGUCAUA